CUUUUCUCACUCCCUCUUCUUUCUCUCUUACCUCUCUCUCUCUCUCUCUCUCUCUAGAUUUUCUCUAUUCAGAUCCCUGAAAAGAGCUAACACACACACACACACUAAUACGAUGUUGCUUGGAAAGAGACAACGACCACCGAUUAACAGAACCACGAGUCUGUCGGAGAUAAAGUUUGAUCUGAACCUUCCACCAGAAUCAGAGGUAUCGUCAAACCAGCAGAGUCCAACCCAAACCACCGUGGUUGGACCAUACGGUUCCAACGGUCAAGUCGUAGCAGCAUCCGUUAAUCAACAACGUGGGAUAGAUAAACGGUUCCAAGCUAUGGUCACACCGAGACCGAGAGGUAACCUGAGGAGACACUCAGGCGAUUUCUCAGAUGCUGGACAUUUCUUAAGAUCUUGCUCCCUCUGCGAACGCUUACUUGUUCCCGGCCGUGACAUCUAUAUGUAUAGGGGAGAUACGGCCUUCUGUAGCUCAGAGUGCAGGCAACAGCAAAUGGCACAAGACGAGAGGAAAGAGAAAGGUAAACCGGCGAAGCAAUCGGUAGUGGCAGCCACCGCAAAACCCGGCAAAGGAGGGAGAGCUGCAGCCGCCGUGUAAUACCCACAUAUAUAUUAUAUGGUUAUAAUAUAUUUAUAUGUUAUGUGUGGCUUGUUAUGUGUUUGUAUAUGAUUAUGAUGGGGUAUAUUACAUAUUCAAAGCAGUGAGCGUUAAUUAACAUGUGUUAAGCGCUUUUUUACGAGGGUUUAAAUUUUAAAAGUUUGUUUUUGUGCAAAAGUUUUGAUCUAUUUUG